AUGGAUAAAUCUUGGAUGAAGAAGAAGAGGUUUAGCACAGAUUACAUUCAGGGUGUUAGAUCUUUCAUAAGUUUUAUAGAGCAACAUCUUGGUCACAACGAUGAUGUUCAUUGUCCAUGCAAACGUUGCUUGAACGUUUAUAAGGAGCCACUUGAAGGAGUUUUUGCCCAUUUAAUGAUUAAUGGGAUUGACCAUGGAUAUACAACUUGGGUAUAUCAUGGUGAGCCAUCUCAUUCUCAUAUGAAUGACAUCACAAAUGGUGAUGUUGAUAAUGUAGUAGGUGGAGAUGAAGAUUUCGAUGAUGAACUUUUUGACUUAUUAGAUGAGUAUCAAAAUUUCAUUCAUAGUGAAGUAAGCGAUGGAGGUGACUUAACUGAUAAAAGUUAUGAAGAUUGUGUGGAGAUGCUUGGAACUGGUUGUUUUGUGUCUUAUGUGCAUUUUAAACAGAAAGCACAGCAAGAGAGUGGUGAGCUGUCAAAGAUGGAAUUCUUCAAGUGGCUGGAUACCAAGGAUACUGGAGUUUGGAGGAACCCACACAAAAAAGAACAAUAUGAAAGUUUGACUUAUGAGAAGUAA